UGUGCAUCUUUACUUCUUACUACAGAACACUCAUAUCUUUUAUCUCUAUCUCCAAGACAUUAUUUUUUUUCACUAAGCUGGUCUUUUAAGAAAGCCAUAUCUUCCUCUUUAUCUAUCACUUUUCUCAUUUUAUCUUUUACCAAUGAUUUAUAUUCAUCUGGAAUGCAGUUAAUGCUAGAUCCAACACUUGAUCAACAGCAGAGCGCUUCUGAUUGGUCUAAAGUUAAAUAUUGGCAGAGCAACCGGGUGAGGACUGCAACUGGUGUUUUCAGCAGUGGAAAUCUUCUAAAACUAGAUUCAGUCAUGGGUACAGUAACAGUUCAAGAGACAGGAAUUUAUUAUAUUUUUGUAAAUCUUGCUAUUGCUCCUGAUUUGAAUAAUUAUCAAAUAGCUGUUUUCACAACAUUAACGUCUAUCACAUCACUAAUAACAAGAUUUAGUGAUAACGAUCAUCCUCAAUACACAAUGAAGAUUUACGGUGCUUUAUACCUGUAUAAAGGUCAGGAGCUAUCGAUUAGGGUCAAACCCUCAGCUUCAAAUGCACAAUGGGAAAAUCUCCGCUCUUACAGUGGCUGGUCAUUUUUCAGAAUACCACCUUAUUUGCCAAUUCCGUCUGUUGGAACAGGCAAACCUAUUGAUUUACUUCCAUUUAUAAAACUUGGGUAUUAUACAAGACUAAGAAAUUGGAAUGUUAUAAUGUCUACUGUUCUUGGUGUUGAUGGAGAAGGUCUUAACCAAAGGGAUGGAGUAUAUACUGUUUUUUUAGAUGGAGUGUGUUUAGUAUCAACUUUAGUUAUUAAAACAAACGAAAGUCAAGUUUCCAUUGGAAUAAAGAUUGGUAUCAAUGCAGACUUAAGUGAUUUUUCAGUGGUUAAAUCUGGUAUUGGUCCUUCAUAUUUAUAUCCUGUAUGUUCUGGUAUUUGUACUAUUUCAAUAACACAAGCAGUGCAACUUUUAGUUGGUCACACUGUUGCAAUUUUUGUCCAAUCAAAUGCAUUGACAACAUAUUUUUCUGAGUUAAGCGUGUUUAGUCUAAAGCUUAUUAACCCUCUGAGAUCUUUAGACGGUUUCUCAUGUCAGUUAUCAUCUGAAAUACUGAUAAGUUCUUCAGGAGAUCAAAAAAUAGUAGGAUGGUCUGCUGUAGAGUCAAUACAUUACACAAACUUUACCCAAGCGAAUGAAUAUAUUAUUUCUAAAGGUGGUGUAUAUUUAGCUGCAUUUAAUAUGGAUCUUAUAAAUGUUUAUGGCUUUGUCAGUAUUAAACAAAAUUUGGGUACAUCUUUAAUUAACCUUUUUGAGUACUACAAUGAAGGAUUGUUACCAUUUAGUCUAUCAUCUACUACUGUGGUUUCUUGAAAUGUUGGAGAUGUGUACUCAUUAAAAAUUAAUACUUUGACUGAUAAUUCGUAUUCUAUUGGUAAGCUGUCAUCAACUUCGUUAACAUGCAUUGGCGAUGAUACUUAUGGAUUUUCUGCAGUGCAGUCUAGAAUUAAUAGUAAUUUUUACAAUCAAAGCAAAUGGUAUCCCAUUAAUGGCUGGAUUACAAAUGGAAGUUCUUGGUUAUUUGAAUAUGGUCGGGGGUUUCUUUUUAGACAAGAUUAUAUUGUUGAAAAAUCUGGAUUUUACUUUAUUACAGCAAAUAUAAUAUUUAAUAAAGCUCAAUAUGAAAACAUUUUGGUAAUGGUUGUUGUUCUUAAUAAAGUUGACACAGUUUUGUAUGAUCAAAAAAUACUAUCUUUAAAAUCAUCCACAACAUCAACGGUUCGUGGAGGAGUUUUUUUAAACAAUUUAGAUUAUUUACAACUUCUAAUAAGACUUAAUACUAACAAUGAUAAUUUAAUAAUCAAAAGAGAGUCAUCAUUUUCAAUUGUUCGAAUCGUCUUGGUUGACUCUCAGUUAGCGCCAACAACAUGGCAUGAAGUUAACACUAAUGUAAACAGCCCAAAACUAAUACGAUAUAUUGCAAUUGAAAAAUUGUUACCUCAAAAUAGAGUUAGACGCUCAAUUGUUAAUACUACUGAUAGUUUUAUGGUUGUGAUUGGCGAAAACACAACUUGUGCUGAAAUAAAGACUAAAAAACUCCCCUCAAUUUGUAAUGGGCCUUUAAAGUCAGGAUUCACUUAUAGGUAUUAUUAGAUUUUUGUUGAUUUUAAGUACUUUAUUUAACAAGUCAUAAUAAAAUA